GAAGCGGGAAGAGCCCUCUGGGAGGGCGGAAUCCCGCAGGAUUCCCAAGGGAACGGCCGCUCCUGGGCACAUUCACAGCCUCUUCGCUGUGCUGGGAUCGGGGCUCUCACUUGGGGCAUUUGGAGGAUGUUCAGGUCUGCGUUUUCCCAGAAAUGUGUAAUUUUGUCACCUAUUUGGAUGUCCCGAUGGCUCCCAGCAGAGUGAGGGUGGUUGGUGAAUAAUCACACCCCGAGGGCUCGGGUGCGAGCCGUGGCUUUCCCGCUGGAGCUGCCUCUGUGACAGUCACCAACACCUCUCUGUGUCCCAGGCCAGCCCCUGGGACAGGGGACAGCCACCACAUGUGGGGACUGUCAUUUGUGGCUGGAAUUUAUGUGAGGGCAUCACCUGGUUGGACACAGCAUUUUUUGAGGGUUGAUGCAGGGAGUCACCGUGGGAGUGAAAAUUGGGUUAGAAGCUGCCAAAAGGAUCUUUUUGAGCCCCACACAAGGGAUCUCAGCUCAGUGCUCUCCCUUUCCCUGCAGCCACCAGGAUGGCCGAGGAGGUGACCACUGUCCCCAUGGACACACACACUGUCCCGAGUGAGUACAGCGACUACCACAACCUGUCCGAGCUGUUCUACCUCCUGAACCACACCUACACCUUCUGCGAGUUCAGCCUGGACGAGAACAUCAAACGAGUGGUUCUCUUCAUCCUCUACCUGGUCAUCUUCGUGGUGGGCUUGGUGGAGAACCUCCUCGUCAUCUGGGUCAACUGGCAGACACGGGGCACCAAGAACUUGGUCAACCUGUACAUCAUCAACAUGGCCAUCGCCGACCUGGGCGUGCUGCUCUCGCUGCCCAUCUGGAUGCUGGAGGUGAUGCUGGAUUACACCUGGCUCUGGGGCAGCUUCCUCUGCCGCUUCACCCACUACUUCUACUUCGCCAACAUGUACGCCAGCAUCUUCUUCCUCACCUGCCUGAGCGUGGAUCGCUACGUGACCCUGACCAGCUCCUCCGCUUUCUGGCAGCGGCACCAGCAC